UAUGGAAGUGGCCUCUGAUUUUCGUCCUUGGGAUGAGUUAAUCGAAGACCCUCUUGGAGAUAUCUUCUCAAGGCUUUCUAUUGAAGAAAAAAUGAAUGUGUUCCCCCUGGUGUGUAAAUCCUGGCACCAAAUAGCCAAUAAACCAUAUUGUUGGCAAGAGAUAGAAAUUGAGGAUUGGAGUAGCAGCCAUGAACCCGACCAAAUUGAUCGAAUGGUUGAAAAACUGGUCCGGAAAAGCAAUGGAUCCCUUAAAAAGCUUUGUGUUUAUGGAGUUCAGAGUCAGAGAGUUUUAAUUUAUAUUGCUGAAAAUGCUGGAUCCCUCCAAACUCUACGGCUGCCAAGAAGCAACUUGAGUGAUAUUAUAAUGGAAAAUUUUACUUCAAAACUUUCCAUGAUAACAUCCUUAGAUGUGAGCUAUUGUCUUCAAAUUGGCCCCCAAGCUUUAGAGACAAUUGGCAAGAAUUGCAAAUUGCUUGAAGUUUUGCGACGAAACAUGCACCCGAUAGAUACUUUUGACAAGCCCUUUGUAGAUGAUGAGGCAUUGGCAAUUGCCUUAAACAUGCCAAAGCUGAAGCAUCUUGAUAUGACUUACCAUCUCAUGACCAAUACAGGCAUUCUUAAAAUUCUUUCAAGCUGUCAUGAUCUUCAACAUUUGGACCUGAGAGGUUGCUGGGGUGUCAUUAUUAGAGAUAUAUGUGUCAAUGAGAAUUAUCCAUCAAUCCAGAUUCUGGGACCUCAUGUGGAUGAUAUUUAUAUGAAUGGUGAUUUUGAAGAGGGCUCAGACGCCUCAGACAUCUUAGAAUUUUUACAUUUUGACUUUGGUUUGGAGGAUUGGGCUGGAUUUUUUGUUAUUUAG